AUGACAGCCUCUCUGGUACUCAACCCUCGCUGGCCAGUGGAAACGGUAAUGUUUGUGUAUGACAACAACGUGGACGACUUGAACAAGAACAUGGAGGGGCUGGUAGGCAGCGGCAACUUUGCCGCUGCCACUGCAGCAAGCCAGUGCCGCAACAUCAUGGCACAUUCGGCAGCCGCCGCUGCUCUGGGAGGUCACCCGUCCAGCUUGGUGCAUUCUUCAGGUGGGUAUUCCACAGUGGAUGUGUCCGCUUCAGGCUCCGGUGAUACCGCUGCCCCUUCGGGGAAGCAAUGUGCGGCUGUGCCGCACCAGAGCUCGUCGGCCGCAACCGCUUUACCCUACAGCUACUUUGGUAACGGCUACUACCCGUGCAGGAUGGGUCGGGGUCCUCUUAAGUCAUGCACACAAGCGGCCGGAGCCGCUCUCAGCUCACAGUACAUGGACACAACGGUGAGCUCAGACGAAUAUCCGAACCACCGGGCCAAGGAGUUCGCCUUUUACCAUGGCUAUGCCAGCCCAUACCAGUCGAUGGCCAGCUACCUGGAUGUGUCGGUGGUCCAAACGCUGGGCACCGGGGAACCGCGCCAUGACACCCUGCUGCCCAUGGAUAGCUACCAGCCCUGGGCUCUGACCAAUGCCUGGGGAGGACAGAUGUACUGCUCCAAAGAUCAGGGACAGGCCGGCCACCUCUGGAAGUCCGCUCUGGCUGAUGUGGUGGCGCACCAGAACGACGGCUUGUCUUUCCGCCGAGGUAGGAAGAAGCGGAUACCUUACACCAAGGUCCAGCUCAAAGAGCUAGAGAAAGAGUACGCAGCCAACAAGUUCAUCACAAAGGACAAGAGGAGAAAGAUUUCGGCCGUGACCAACCUGUCAGAGCGACAGAUUACCAUCUGGUUCCAGAACAGGAGGGUGAAGGAGAAAAAAUUCGUGGCCAAAGUGAAGAGCAGUACUCCAUAG